ACCGACUCCAAGGUCAAGGGUAUUUUCUUCGCCAUAUUUUCAGCAAGAAUGGCAGCUCGAAGGAUUUCGAAGACCGCUGUGGAUUGGGCAGCUUUUGCCGAACGGGUACCUGCUGGUCAAAAAGAAGUGUACAGGUCCUUCAAAGCAAAAGCUGAAAGCUAUGUUAAUAGAAUUCAUCAAUAUCCUGAAAACCUACCCAAGAUAGAUUUUGCUUUUUACAAAAGUAGAUUAGGUAGUCUUCCUAUGAUAGACCAGUUCGAGAAAUCGUACGGGAGUUUAGAAAUCAAGUAUCCACAGGAUAAAAAUAAUUUGAUUAAAGCUAUUGAAGCUGAAAGAGAGGCAGCUGAAGCACAAUCUAAACAGUAUAUAACAGGUCUACAGAAAGAUAUAGAGGCUGCUAAAGCUUUGGUUGACCGUUUAGAUAAAUUACCUCCACCAGAAGAAAUGACAAUGGAAAUGUAUAGUUACUAUUUCCCCGAUCAGGCAUUGGAUCCUGUUUCAAGACCAACAUUCUAUCCACACACACCUGAAACACAACCUGAUCACCCUGAUAUGAAGUUUAUUAAUUAAACAAGUAUGAUGGUUGAGAGAACAAGUCUUAUAACAGUGCUGAUAAAUUUGAUAUUUAGACAGAACUAAAAUUUAUUGAAGUUUAUAUCAGUCUUGCUGUCCAAACUAAUUUUAUUGUUAGUAUAUUAUUAUAGAGUAAAUAAUUCAAUUUA